CAGUCUUUACAUGUAAAUGUGAACGCGUAAUUUAUUUUCAGAGCAAACGUCGUGUUUUCAGAGGGACUGAUUUGCAGGUUGGCGCAUCACAUCUGGAGGAGGGAGCUACUUGCUGCAUCAGAUGAUCCCACUAUGAAUGAUAUUUUAUAAUAUAUAAUUCAAACCACCUGACGGGUUCCGAUGUGCACUUCUCAAAUCGGUGUUGGAUUUUAACGUCUCUCGAUAUAAACGGAAGAAGUGUUGCACCCACAUGGGCAGUGUGCUGGCUUUGUCUUCCGGUCCGGGCCAUCAGAACUGGCCUUUCUCCACGGACCGCCCUCCUUCUCGCUGGGACGCACAUCCUGCUCACUGGGACAGUCCUCCACGCUGGGAGAGGAGAGAUGGACGCCUACCCAACCCGGGCAGCUUUCAUUCCCUCCAUAGAAGCUGCAAAGAUGUAUUCCCUCAACAGAUUGAGGGAGUCAAGAUGAUCGUCAAUAAAACUUUAAGCAGCUUCUUCAAGAUUAGUCAUGCUCUUCACCUCAGUGCUGUUAGUCCUUCCUACUAUCGAUUCCACGUGGAGCAUCUUCAGUCUGAUGAUUACAGCAAGGACAAGGAUGCCCCCGCCUUGAUCGGGGAGAUGGACUCUUCUGGCAGUCUGAACGCUCACGCUCUGCUGAACCUCACGGAGCGAGUACGAGCCAGAACAGUGUUCCAGACCCAGCAGUCCCAGUUUGUGACGUGGCAGUUUGAAACUGAGUACAGAGGGAACGACUUCACUGCUGCUGUGACAGUAGCCAAUCCGGACGUCCUCAGAGAGUCAGUUAUCCUUGUGGCACACUUCCUGCAGAGUGUGACUUCCGGGCUGGUUUUAGGAGGGGAGCUGGUCUACCAUCGGGGUCGAGCAGAGGAAGGAGGAAUUCUUACUUUAGCUGGACAGUACUCAAGACCAAACUGGGUGGCAACGCUAAAUGCUGGGAAAGGAGGUGCCCAUGCUAGUUACUAUCACAGAGCCAACAAACAGAUCCAAGUCGGGGUGGAGUUUGAAGCCAGUACCAGGACGCAGGAGACCACGACCUCAUUUGGAUACCAGAUGGAGCUCCCAGAGGCCAACAUGGUGUUUCGAGGUAUGAUAAACAGUCGGUGCAUAAUUGGAGGCGUAUUGGAGAAGCGCCUGACCCCGCUACCUGCCACCCUGAUUAUGGGUGCCUUUGUAAAUCACAGAGGAGACAAGUUACAAGUGGGCCUGGGCAUCAACGUGGGAUAAUCCUCUCCUAGCGCCUGCUGGAGUUACAGCUCGCUGUCAGGGUAUCCAUCCAGAGACCUGCUUCAGAGGCUUGUUAAAACACUUGAACUACCCUGAGUAUGGUGGAUUGUCUAGGUGUUUAAACUUGCAAGCUACCUCUAAAAAUGGAGGUGAUGUUUCUGAAAAAGGUCAUUUGCGGGCGUCAACAAUUGUGACUUGGAUGUGUAACCCUCCCAAUGAAACCAAACUGCACAUCACCUUCUGGACAUGAAAGCAGAAAGGAUGAGAGGCAUACUGUACUGCAAACUGAAAAUUACUUACGUUUUUAUAUUGUAAGUAGUCUUCAAGAAACGUAAUGUACGUAUAUAGAUUAUAUUGAAAGAUAAAUGUGAUUUUACGUUUUGGCCCACUCACCAUCAUUUUUGUAUACCUUACAUUUUAGCUGACCAUUUUCUAAAGAAUCCAGUCCUACAGGAAUCAUAUCAGGGUACUUAAUAUAAUUUCACAAUCUCCAUGUCUUAAUUUUUUUUUCUGUUGUUUAACCCUAACCCAUAUUCAUCUUAAACCAAAGUGGUCAGCUGAAAUGUAAAAUGGAUACAAUUGUGCUAAAACGCCAGUGUGUUCCUUAAAACUGUGUGUAUGGGUAAAAUAUUGUGUGUUUGAUUGUGUUUUUGCAGCAUAUAAAACUGUGAGGUACCACACAUAAACAAACAGCCUGUUGACUGUAGGAUAAGAGUUUCUGCUCCAUAAACUAACCUCUAGUGGAGGGAUGUGAGAGCGGCGCUGCACUGACUCUGCGGAGCAAUGACUGUACUGUAUGUAUAUUAUUGAUGAAGGCAUGUGGAAACACUGGCCUGUAUACAAACUGCACUACUCACACUGCUUUGGGGAUAUUUCCAGUCCUUUUUAAGCUAUCAGAAAUUAUAUUAUUUAUACAUUAUGUAAUAUAAGCAUUGAGAGAUGUGGAAGGGAGAGACUGUCAUUUUGACUUAAUUUAUUAAAAAUGUUAUUUCUA